GAGACCUGUUGCCCAAAUACUUCAAGCACAAUAAUUUCUCCAGCUUCGUUCGCCAGCUCAAUACUUAUAGUUCAAAUUGUAGGGCAAGAAAAAGGUAAAGUGUUUAUUUUCAUUUCCAGAGCUUUUAUAGGCAAUAUGUCAUUCCUUGUAUAUGGGUUGGAUGCAAAUGCAUAGGGUUGUAACAAUCUAAUUCCUGAUUUUUUAGUUACAAAGUAAAAUAGAAAAGCAGAAGGAUUGUCAGUAUGCAGUGAUAUACUAUCUCUGUAUUUAAGCAAAAUAUGUGAUUCAGACAUGACAGCCUCUUCCUAAUGAUGCGUGAUUUCAGAAAAAUAACUAAUGAAAAUGUUAAACCCCCAAGUUUUGCAUUCAAAUUGAUCCUUUUUCUUUUGGUUACAUUAUAUUCUGGAAUUAUAGUGCUGCCUAUCUUGUAUCUAUGCUGGAUUUUUGGUAGACCUUGUUGGCUUCAUUAGCUAUAUAUGGUAAAUAAUUGAGAUUGUCAUUUCCCAGUCAAAAAGGUUUCUCUGCCUUUUUGCAUUUCUCCAUAAUUGGCAAUUGCAUUCGAUUUUGAGAUUCAUUUUUGUUAGUUGGGGUCAUAUUUAUAUGAAGCAAUUUAUGUGAUCUGAUCUUUUAGCAGCUCUGAAACUUUGAAGAUGCUGGGAUACAGGUUUUUUUUUUUCCUACAUUUUCUUAGGAUAGGGUAGUCCUGGACCUCUGUACGAGUAUACGACUAUAACUAAAUUAUACAGAGACAUUCCGGUAAGCUCACACCUUUCCUGUUAAAUGGAAAUUUAUAUAUUAAAGCAUUCCAGCCACUUGCUGCAGUGAUAAUCAGAAAGCAGGAAAAAGUUAGGUAGAGAAUGUUCUGAGAUCAGUAGUGCUGGUGAUAUUUGGAAAAAGGUCAGCAGAUGCUGAUUUCAAACAUAUGAUGGUGACAUUAAUCAUGGAGUCAUAGAGGAGGGAGAGGAGGUGGAUAAGGGCUUAAAUUUGGUUAUACUGGCAACUUAUGGAGGUUUGUUGAGUUAUUGCAUGCCUGGUAUGGGAUACUUGUACAGCAAGGUUGAGUUGGAUGUGCACUCUGUGUGGGGAUUUAGGAAAGUCGAUCCUGAUCGCUGGGAAUUUGCAAAUGAGGGAUUUCUACGAGGUCAGAAACACUUGCUUAAAAGUAUUGUUCGCCGGAAAUCAGCUUCGGGACACAAUCAACAGCCUCCACAACCUCAUGCACAGAGCUCCUCUGUGGGUGCAUGUGUUGAAGUUGGAAAAUUUGGUCUGGAGGAAGAGGUUGAGAGACUAAAAAGGGACAAAAAUGUUCUGAUGCAGGAACUUGUCAGGCUGAGGCAGCAACAGCAGACCACUGAUAAUCAAAUGCAAUCAAUGGUGCAGCGCCUUCAGGGGAUGGAACAAAGGCAGCAGCAGAUGAUGUCAUUCUUGGCGAAGGCAGUGAACAGCCCGGGAUUUUUGGCUCACUUUGUACAACAGCAAAACGAGAGCACCAGGCUCAUUACGGAGGGGAACAAAAAACGCAGGUAUAAGGAAGAUGGAGUUGUUUCAAACGACCACCCAUCUGUUGCUUCCUCUGAUGGACGAAUUGUUAAGUACCAUCCGAUGAUGAAUGAUGCAGCACAAGCAAUGCUCAAGCAGAUAAUGAAACUAGAUAACGCCUCACCUCGCUUAGGAACUUUCAGCAACAGUCCGGAUAGUUAUCUAGUUGGUGACGUUUCUUCGGAAGCCCGUAGUGGCUCAGGAGUUACUCUUCAGGAGGUCAACCCACCAGCUUCUGGUCAAUCUUAUUUACCGGCUGUUACAGGAGUACUCUCUGCACCUCUAGAAGCAAAUUCCGAAGUGGUGGCAACAAAUCAAUUCCCAGAAGCGAGCUCACUAGUUGAUGGCCAAGAAUUUCCUGAUGUAUCUGAGCUCUCAUGCUUGCAAGAUAUGGCGCCAAAUGCUAGUGUCAACAUCUCCAACGAUUACAUGCAGUCUGAAGCACAGAAUCGAGCACUCUUGGAUCCAAACUUGGUUGAUGAGAAACUUUCCUUAGAAAUUGGGAGUUUCUCUCCUGAUGCAGACAUGGAAUGGGAUAGUAAUUUGCUGAUAGAGAUGGAGAAAUACCUUACUGCAUAUGACCCGUCAUUGGAUCAGUUUCUUGAGCAAAGCCCAGAGGUUGAUACAACCGAUGAAAUGGACUCCAGUCCGGUGGACGAUCAUGUCAUGAAGGGAAAUGAAAGCAAACCAUCAGAAACCGAAUGUUCCAGGUCUCAAGUGCAGCAACUCACCACACAAAUGGGGCUUCUUGCUUCAAAUUCCAGAAAAGCUUGAUUUUGCUCGGAACAAUAUACACAAACUCGUUCCAUAUCAUUGGAGGUAAAAGCUUGAAAGUUAUACAAUAUCUGUCCUAGUCAUCAAUGUGUUGUCUUUACUCUUGCCCUUAAAAAGGGAAGCUAAUCUUUGAAUUCUUGAUUCUGCACUUCCCAGUCCCAGCAAAUCUUUAUUUUGCAUUAGGUACUUGUAUACUUACAAUAUCGUGUCUGUUAUAGAAGUUUAAAUUCAUAAUCUUUAUCGUGCAUUCAUGGGGAGACUGAACAAACUUGGCAGGGUAGCUAGUGGAGUAUAGUAUAGAUGCUAAAAGCACAAAA